AUGUCAUCACCAUUACGCGAUCAAAGACCUUCUCUCUUUCUUCAAAUCUUCCUCCAAGUCACUUAUUGGGAACCUUUCAUCUUUGAGUUGUUAGUUGGAGUGAUUUUUAUGCUCUUUCCGAACAGUUCAUUGGUUUUGGGAACAUUUCUUCCAAAGACUUUGGUCGCCUUUAUGCUUUCAAACGAGAAGACAGUGAACAUCUUGAGUGAUACUUCCAUUCUGAAAGAAAGUAUCUUGUUUAUUUUGAGAUUUGCAGGAGUCAUGAUUUUCUGUUUUGGAAUGCUUCAUUACCUGUUGAUUCGUGUGAAUUUCAAUAUUCUUUCGAAUAAUAAUCCAAACAACUUGGUGAGCUCUAAAUUUUUCCAUUUAACAGUGUUGGUGUUGGGCAUUGGUGACUUGUUGCAUGUUGGAGCAGUUUUGGUCUUCUUGAAAAAUUAUUACAGUAUUAUUCCAGAGAAGGUGGCUUUGAGUGGUGAUGCAUUUGAUGCUGUCUCCAUGAUUGCCAUUGCCAUUGUGUCCUCAAUUAUAUUGGUCUCCUUGAGAAUUUUCUUUUUACUGAAAUAUUCUUCCAUGAAGAAGUGA